CGCAACGAUUCACAAAUUAAAGACACAAUGGUCAGGAAAAGGAUACGAGAUCCGGAAGUCCUCCCAGAAGCUCCGGCUCAGGAUGCCGAUAAUGAUAGCGGUAGCGACGACGAUGUGGACAUGGUCAAUGUUGAAUUUGAAUGGUUCAAUUUCAAGCCGGACAUUGACUUUCAUGGAGUCAAAAGCUUGAUAAGACAACUCUUAGACGUUGACUCCCAGUUGUUCGAUGUCUCUGUGCUUGCGGAUCUUGUUCUAUCACAACCAACGGUUGGUUCGACAGUAAAGGUUGAUGGCGAAGAGACCGACCCAUACGCAUUUCUCACUGUCCUCAACCUUCGCGAGCACAAGGAUAAGAAGCCCAUCAAAGACUUAACGGAGUACAUUAUCUCGAAAGCAAAAUCGGAUCCUACACUAAACCAAAUCGCCGACCUUCUUUCGUCCUCGGCAGAAGUUGGACUUAUCUUGGCAGAACGUCUGAUCAAUGUCCCUGGAGAGAUUGCUCCGCCUAUGUACUCGAUGCUGAUUGAUGAAAUCGAGGCAGCGGUUGAAGACAAGGAGCCUUAUGAGUUCACCCAUUACCUCAUUCUCUCGAAAACAUAUCACGAGAUCGCUUCUGCACUUGAUCAAGAGGAUGCACCAAAGUCGAAGAAAAGCAAAGCGAACAGAGGAAGCAAGGAAGUGUUCUAUUUCCAUGCUGAGGAUGAGGUUUUAAUGAAGCAUUCGUUGGCAUCAGGGUCAUACGAUUAUACCAAGGACGAGGGCGAAGGAAUGGCUGACAGUAAGAGAGCAUUUUCAGAGAUGGGCGUCAAGCCACAAGGAUCCAUGCUUUUGAUUGAGGCAGCCAAGUUUGAGGGCGCUGUCAAAGCUAUCAGCCAGUAUCUAAGUCCACCACAAUAGACAAUCAACUUUUUGCACCUCGAGCAUUUCAUAGUUAUUCAUCAGGUCCAAGUCUCUGCAUCAAGUACUCAACCUCGACCUCUUUGGUAAGUGGAAUGACGAAGUCUCUGUACAUUGUGACCA